UCCUUUGCCUGAGCUCUCAAAAAUUCCUUUCGAAAUUCUCCAUUUUCGGUUAGUGCUUCAAAAUUCGAGUUUUGCCUUUGACGAAAUGCAACCCAUCGAUCCGAACAAUGAAACGGCCCACUCCUUUGUGGUGCUGGGUGCUUCGGGGCGACUGGCCAUGCAGAAGGUUUUUCCAGCCCUCUGGGCUCUCUACAGGGACAACCGACUGCCGCAGGGCACCAGAAUUUUCACCUUCAGCCGCACAAAGCUCCACACGAGGACCUACCGGCUGACAUGUGCACCCUACAUGAACCUGGACCCGCAGCGCGAUCCCCAGAAGUUUAACAGCUUCUGGCUGACGGUGCACUGUGUGCAGGGGCAGUACGACCAGGCGGAGGACUACGCAGCCCUCACAGAGGCCAUGAUUCGGCAGGAGACGAAGCACAACCAGAUCUAUGCCAACCGCAUCUUCUACCUCGCGCUACCCCCCGUCGUCUUCGAUCAUGCGACCACCAACUUGAGCCGAAAGUGCAAGUCGUUGACGGGCUGCACCCGGAUUGUGGUGGAGAAGCCGUUCGCCAGGAACGAUCUCACCUACCGGCCCUACCAGACGGCCCUCUGUCAGACGUUCAAGGAGUCGCAGAUCUACAUGAUUGACCACUUCCUGAGCAAGCAGAUCUCGCAGAAUCUGUUUGGCCUGCGCUUCGCCAACCUACUCUGGUCGGGGACACUCAACAACCGGCACGUGGCCGCCGUAAUGAUCACGGUGAAGUGCGAGAAGCCGGUAAAGGCUCGGGCGGAAUACUUUAACUUCUUCGGCAUCAUCCGCGACGUUAUGACCAAUCACAUGAUGCAGCUGCUGGCUCUGGUGUCUAUGGACAAGCCCUACUCCAACACCAUCGACGACCUGCGAAACGAGCGGCUGAAGCUCUUCAAAGAGGUGACCACCGCGAACAUGGGGGACGUGAUCCUUGGCCAGUAUCGCAACAACCGCAUGGAGAGCGAUCCCGACAAGGUGGGCUACACGGAGCACAGCUACAUACCCAAGGACUCGAUGACGCCUACAUUCGCCAUGGUCGUCCUGCACAUCAAUAACAGGCGUUGGUCCGGCGUGCCCUUCAUUCUGCGUGCUGGCAAAGCCAUGAACGACACCAAGACGGAGGUGCGGAUCCAGUACAAGUCGGCGGAGUGCGACGAAGGGAAGAACGAGGAGCUGGAAAUCAGGAAUGAGCUGGUCCUACGAGUCGCACCCUUCGAGGAGAUCUUCAUGCGGCUGCUUUUGAAGCAGCCGGGCGAGGAGCUCUGUCUGAAGGAGACGGCUCUCAAUCUGCGAGUGGAUGAGCGGAACACCAAGUACAUGCCCAACUACAACAGCCUCAUCCUGGACCUUUUCAAGGGCAACCAGAGCAUGUUCAUGCGCACCGAUGAGCAGUGCGAGAUCUGGCGCAUCUUCUCCCCCAUCCUGCAGAGCAUCGAUCUGGAUCGACCCAAGCCCCUGCCCUACGAUUUCGGAUCACGGGGUCCAGUGCUCGCCUACCGCAAGGCCGAGCGUGUCGGCUUUGUGUUUUUCGCAUCUGAUGAGUGGCGCGAGAACAAGGAGACGCUGGACUACACAGUUAAGAGCAGCAGGAUCCUGAGUGGGCCACACCAUGCAUUGAAGCCCGAACGAGCGCAGGUCAAGCUGAAGUCCAGUGAAAUCUAAUAAAAUCAGCAACAA